AUGGCAACCUGCUCUCGAGCGCGCGCCGGAACCUUGCAAGCCUGCGAUCUGGCGGCCGUUGUGGUGCAGGAUUCGAUCAAGGUGGUGAAGGAGGCGGACAAAGUGGUGAAGGAGGCGGACAAGAUGAUGAAGGAGGCGGACAAGGUGGUGAAGGAAGCCGCUCAGUCCAUGGAGGAUGCGCACAAGGCGGCGGAAGAGGCGAGAGGGGCAGCGGAAGAGGCGCACCAGACGGCGGCAGAGGCGGGAGAGACGGCGAGAGAGGCGGGUACGCUGGCUGCACGUGCGCUUAGCUUGUCGGCUGUGGCGGUCGUGGUGAUUGUAGGCAGCCUUCAAACGCUCACAUUCUGCCCGCCAGUGAGAAGUUCGAUCCAGAUGAUGGGUCGAGCUAAGAGCGUCAUUCUCUCCGCCUUUGGCGACGUCGAGGUGGAGGGAGGCGGAGGCACGGCGAGGGCUUGGUAG